AAGCGUGGAAGUUAGUUUGUUAUCUUAUAUAUCUGUCCAGUUGCCAAAAUUAAAUACCAACGAAGAGCUAUUGUAGGAUUACUGUCUUUAGCUUCUCUUGUUUUAGUUCAUAGAAUGGAAGGCUUCCAUGCACUAUUUUUUCUCAUCAAUCUAUUGCAUAUGAUCUCCACCGCCCCGUGCGCCGCAACCGCCGGGAUAAAACAUGCUGCAUCCGACCGCGCUGCUCUCCUCUCCUUCAAGUCCCUCGUCAAUGACAAUCCGUUCGGAGUGCUCUCCUCGUGGACCAAUGGCUCUUUCCACUACUGCAGGUGGCGUGGCGUCUCUUGUGGCCGCCGCCAUCAAGACCGGGUCACGGCUCUUGACCUCAAGUCUCUCGGCCUAGCCGGUUCCAUAUCACCCUCCAUAGCCAACCUCACAUUCAUCCAGAGGAUCGAGCUGUCCGACAACAAGCUAGAUGGGCGCAUCCCAGAAGAGUUAGGUAGCCUACGCCGGCUGCGAUAUCUUAACCUCAGUGUGAAUUCUCUUCACGGAACAAUCCCGUUUUCACUUGGAGCCAUCCCUGCUACUUUGGGCAAUCUUGCUCAGCUUCAAUACCUUGAUCUACAAUUCAAUAGCUUUACUGGGUCCAUCCCAGGUUCACUUGGCAACCUCUCCUCCCUACUAUUUCUUUCUUUAGAUUAUAAUAAACUGUUAGGAGCCAUGCCUCCAACCUUUGGUAGCCUUCUCUCCUUGAAGACACUUGAAAUCCAAUACAAUAGUCUCACAGGAACCAUUCCAUCGACUCUCGUGAAUCUCUCCUCUUUGAACUGGCUUUCGCUACGAGGAAACAGCCUUCAUGGUGAAAUUCCUCACUUUGCAGAACUUCCAUUCCUCUCUUACUUGAACUGUGCUAUUAAUUAUCUCUCCGGGUCGAUCCCAAACUCGCUCGGACGACUUUCAUCUCUCGAAUAUCUCAUUCUCAGGAUGAACAACUUAACAGGGGAAAUACCAUCAUCCCUUUACAAUCUAUCAUCCCUGAAGGCCUUAGAACUCGCUUAUAACCAACUCGAGGGAACUCUACCCUCCAAUAUCGGAAAUGCUCUUCCGAACCUUCAAUUACUUUGUAUGAGUUCUAAUCAGCUCAGGGGGCGAAUUCCAGCAUCCUUGUCCAAUGCUUCUGAGCUCAACCACCUCGAGCUAUCGCUCAAUGCAUUCCACGGCACGAUACCGCCGACCCUUGGUGCCUUGAAGAGUCUCCUGCGGCUCGAACUGGCCACCAAUCGACUCGAAGCUAGGAAGCCUAGUGAUUGGAGCUUCAUUACAGCUCUGACUAACUGCACCAGUCUCUAUGUGUUGGAUCUUAAAAACAAUCUACUGCAAGGCAUGAUGCCCAAAUCACUACUCAAUCUUUCCACUAAUCUUAAUACUCUGGGACUCGCCAACAACCAAAUAUCAGGAAUUAUACCUACUGAGAUUGAGAAGUUCGUCAAUCUAAUUUAUCUUGAUAUGAGCAUUAAUAAUUUUCGAGGCACCAUUCCCGUAGAUAUCAGUCAUCUUUGGCAAUUACAGUACUUAGAUCUAUCAACUAACACGCUUUCGGGCGAAAUUCCUUCCUCUUUGGGCAACCUAACACGAAUGGACAAGCUCUAUCUCAGCAACAACAAACUUGAAGGAGCCAUUCCGCCGAUAUUAAGCAACAUGUUAAUGCUAGAGUUGUUAAACCUAUCAAAUAAUAGGCUAAGCGGUAGCAUUCCGAAAGAAGCUUUGAGCGUUUCGUCGCUUGCAAGCUUCCUUGACUUGUCACAUAAUUUACUGAAUGAUUCAAUACCGUCAGAAGUGGGUAACUUGAUAAAUAUCAGGGAGCUUGAUCUCUCAAAUAACAGGCUCUCUGGUGAGAUUCCAGAAAACAUCGGCAAAUGCACAAUCUUGGAAAUCCUUCAUUUAGAGAAUAACUUAUUUCAAGGGUACAUUCCUUCCUCCUUGAGCAAUUUAAGAGGGCUCAAGGACAUUGAUCUGUCAAAAAACUUCUACUCAGGCCAAAUUCCCGCAUUCCUUGAUGAGCUCCCGGAUCUACAAUACUUGAAUCUCUCAUUCAACAGUUUUGAGGGUCGAGUGCCGAUGAAAGGGGUUUUUAAGAAUGCGAGCAAAGUCUCACUUAUCGGAAACCCUAAACUCUGUGGCGGAAUUCCAGAAUUACACUUGCCGAAAUGCACUUCGGAUGCCUUUGCAGCAAAACAUCACUCUGAUUAUAAACUCAAGGUAAUAGUCAUUCCCAUAGGUGGAGCAAUUUUGUGUUUGAUUAUAAUCACGGGCUUGCUUCGGAUACAUCAGUUGAUAAAAAAGUCACAGAGAAAGCUGCUGUCAGGGUUUUCCUUAAGAAACCGACACAUGAAAAUAUCUUACGAUGAGCUCUUCAAGGCUACAAAUGGGUUCUCCUCAGAUAAUCUGAUCGGCACGGGAAGUUUUGGGUCAGUUUAUAAAGCCGCCAUGAACUAUGAAAAUGCUGACAUCGUCGCGGUGAAAGUGCUUAACCUUCAACAGCAUGGGGCUUUCAGGAGUUUUAUGUCUGAAUGUGAGGCCCUGAGAAGCAUUCGACAUCGAAAUCUUGUGAAAAUUCUAACAUCGUGCUCUAGUUUGGAUCACCACGGUAAUGAUUUCAAGGCCUUGGUUUUUGAGUACAUGCCUAAUGGGAGCUUAGAAGAGUGGCUACAUUCAAAUGCAUGCCAGAAUAGGCCAUUCAGAAGCUUGAGCCUAAUCCAGAGGUUGAACAUAGCUAUCGACAUAGCCUCGGCAUUAGAGUAUCUUCAUCACGAAGGAUCCGUGCCGAUUGUUCACUGUGAUCUUAAGCCCAGCAACGUCCUUUUGGACAAUGAAAUGACGGCGCACUUGGGCGAUUUCGGGUUAGCAAAGUUUCUGCGGCAACCGCCUGACGAAUCAUCUGAGCGUUCAUCUACCGGCACUGCGGGAAUCAAAGGAUCUAUUGGUUAUGUUCCUCCAGAAUAUGGAAUGGGCUGUAAACCGUCUAGGCUCGGCGAUGUGUACAGCUUUGGAAUUCUUCUGCUGGAGAUGUUUACUGGAAUGAGCCCCGUCGACGACAUGUUCAAAGAUGGUCUGAGCCUUCGUGGAUAUGUUCGUGCUGCUGCUGCUUCUCCUGAACAUCUCAUAGACAUCAUAGACAGAAACCUGCGCUCAGCUGAUAAUGAUAUAGCUUAUCGAGAAGAGUGUGUGCGAGAUUGCAUAGUUUCGGUGUUUCACUGCGGUCUCUCGUGCUCGAACGAAUUGCUGUACGAACGAUCUAACAUGACAAAAGUUGCAAAUGAGCUGAGUGCAGCAAGAGAGAGGCUUCUUAACUACAAGCAGUUUCGCUCCCUAUGCCACGGUUCUUAACUAGAGGCAAAUGAAUGUAUGUAUGAACAUCCUCUACUUUUCCUUAUUUGCAUUAAAGAAAAAAAAAAGAACUUGUGCAAUAAAAAUGCCUAGUCCUUAUGAUUUUGACCA